AUGAGUGCUGAAACUGAGUUUGAAGACUUUGAGAGUCUAUUAGAACCCAACUUUAAUCCUACACAAUAUGCAAGUGAGCUAUUAAGGGCCAUUAAUAACGACCGGAACGCUAAUGACUUGGAUAUAAUUACACCUCUAAAGAAGAUUACUUAUGAGAUAGAUGAAGUCAAUAGUAGGACCGAAAAGAUACUCAAAGAAAGCCCAAUAAAAGUUUUAGAGCAGCUUGACAAAAGAAACUCUGCAAAGGAUAAAGUUAGUUCUACGUUGAAGCCAAGUUUGGACUACUUGUCGAUGUCAUAUGAAAGAUUAAAUACAGAAAUUUUGAAACCAUAUGAAAGUGCACUUGUAUUACAGUCUGCAUUGGGUAAAAUCCACGAAACUUCGGCUCUUCUACGGAAUGCCUUGAUAUACCUACAUAUGGCUGCUCAGAUAGAAGCUUCCACGCUAGAGGUCGAUAAUCCGGAAAGCAUGGCUCGGUUGACCGCUCUAUGUUCACAGCUAAGAAUGAAUAUUGACCAAAAUCCAAACCUUAAUUCAUUGAAUAUAAUUAAGAAGUUUGAGAAUGGCGUGUUGAAGGAAAAACGGUUGAAAUUAGCAAGUCAUGCUUCACAAGCCCUUAUUAAAUUAUGUGCCAGCAGCCGGACAAUUGAGCACAAUGCCGAUCCUAUUAAAAGUUUAGCCUUAACGCUGUAUAUUAAUUCCCCUAAAGAAUUCUCAUCUACUCUGGACAGAAUCGCAUUGGCCAAGAUACAAGUGACGAAUCAAGUUUUAGCCAAAACCAUCACAUCGGUAAGGAGCCUAAAAAUUGCAAUGGAUGAUGCUGCGGCUAGUGGAUUGUUGCUGCUUCAGCUACAAGGUAUGUUAGAAUCUGUACAACUAGAAAACUCAACGCUUCUACAGGAGUAUUUAUCACAGAAGAAGUAUAACUCCAUUACGACCAAUUACUGGGUUCAAGUAGCCAAUGCCUUUCAGAAACAAUUCGAAAUUUCAUAUCGUAGAGGUGGUCCUGUGGGCAAAUCCUUGCAGGCCAAUUCCCAAUUUAUAAAACAAUCGAUUACUGAGUGCAUGCAGAAAAGUGCCUCUGAUGAAAGUUAUAAAGAGUACUUAAACAUUAUGCUAAGUUCGGUAUCUAUUCUGGACAAUGAAAAGAGAUAA